CUCAUGAUCAUCUCCUCACCCUUCACCUACCACAAGCUCCAGGGCAUUUCCCCUAAAUAAAGUCCAUCUACUUCCAUAUCCAAUCCAUGGCAUCUGCCGUGGAACCCAGCAGCAACAGCGGGUCUGUGGACCCCGCGACCGCAGCUGCCCGCCAUGUCCCUGACCAUGACGUCACCGAAAAGCGAGCGAGGGCGGCGCAAACCAUCCAGAGGACAUAUCGUGGCUAUCGCACGCGCCGGGAACUGCACGGACUAGAUCUCUCUGCGUCGACGUCGCGAUGGAAAGAUGUGGGCUUUUUCCGGACCCCUGCGGUUUCUAUGAACCAUGCUAAAUGUUGUUGUCUUUGUCGCUGGAAUAGGCCGUGAAAGAAGCAGAAUGGCGACAACUACACCGCCCAUCUGCGCCAGCUGAAGAUGUGGAUAGCGCCGCGAACGCACGUCGGAAUUGGCU